CCGAGCCGCCACCGCCGCCGCCACCGCGGAUCCGGCAAAAGUUUUCGCCGGAGCGGCCGAGCGCGCCGGUCCCGGUCCCGGUCUCCGCCAGCACCGAGAUGCGCCCGGGAGUCGCCGCCAGCCCAACCCCGACAGGGUCACCCGUGUGCCAGGGCCCUCACCACCAGGGCAGAGGAGCUGCUGAGGGCCGGUAGGAAGCCAGGACCUGCUCCCCAUGCGGCUUGUGGCCUGGUGGAGGCAUGUCCCAGCCACAUCUCCUCACCCUCCUGCUGCUGCUGCUCUGCUGCCAGGGACCCUCUGCUCAGAUCACGAAUUUCCUCUUUGAGAGCUGGAAGGCUUACAGCGAGGAGUGCCAACGCAACAUGAGCCGGAUGCCAGCACCUACAGAGCUGGUUUGUAACCGGACCUUUGAUAAGUUCUCCUGCUGGCCCGACGCACUGCCCAACACCACUGUCAAUGUCUCCUGCCCCUGGUUCCUGCCCUGGUACCAGAAAGUGAAGCACAGAUACGUCUUCAAGACAUGCGGGCCGGAUGGGGAGUGGGUGACAGGUCCAAAGGGGCAGUCCCUGCGGGAUGCCACGCAGUGCCAGAUCGACGCCGAGGACCUGGAAGCACAGGAAAAAUUCGCCAAGACUUAUGGCAGCUUCAAAGUGAUGUACACUGUGGGCUACUCAGUGUCCCUGUGUGCGCUGCUGCUCGCCCUGGCCGUGCUGCUGGGCUUCAGCAAACUGCACUGCAUGAGGAACUACAUCCACAUGAACCUCUUCGCCUCCUUCAUCGUGAAGGGCGUCUCCGUGCUGGUCAUCGAUGCCCUGCUCAAGACUCACUACAGCGACAAGAUCGACGACUACAACGUGCGCAUCUGGCUGAGUGAUGAGGCUGCCGCUGGCUGCCGGGCGGCCACGGUCUUCAUGCAGUACAGCAUCGUGGCCAACUACUGCUGGCUGCUGGUGGAGGGCAUCUACCUGCACAACCUGCUGGUGGUGGCUGUUUUCUCCGAGAGGAGCUACUUCACCCUCUACCUGUGCAUAGGCUGGGGGGCACCUAUGCUAUUUCUCAUCCCAUGGGUCGUUGUGAAGUUUCUCUAUGAAAACAUCCAGUGCUGGAGCACCAACAACAACAUGGGCUUCUGGUGGAUCCUCCGCUUCCCUGUGUUCCUGGCCAUCCUGAUCAACUUCUUCAUCUUCAUCCGCAUCAUCCAGAUCCUCGUCUCCAAGCUCCGCGCGCACCAGAUGCGUUACACUGACUACAAGUUCAGGCUGGCCAAGUCCACGCUGACGCUGAUCCCUUUGCUGGGCAUCCACGAGGUGGUCUUCGCUUUCAUCACGGAUGAGCACGCCCAGGGCACGCUGCGCUACGUCAAGCUCUUCUUCGACCUCUUCCUCAGCUCCUUCCAGGGGAUGCUGGUGGCCAUUCUCUACUGCUUCGUCAACAAGGAGGUACAGGCGGAGCUGCUGAAGCGGUGGCAGCGCUGGAAGCUGGGGAAGGACCUGGCAGAGGAGUACAAGCACACCUACAGCCACGCACCCAGCGCCCGCAACGGCGCUGGAGGCUGCGAGAAGCACCAGCUGGUGGGCGGCUGCGCCAACGGGACGGGCCGCGGCAUGGCUGUGUGCUCCAGCCCCCACUACCUCGAGAGCAGCGGCCACGGAGCCGCCGAGCAGCUCGCCAUGGGGGAGCAGCACCACUGCUACGAGUUCCCUGAGACCACGGCUGAGAGCCACCUCUGAGCUGCACCUGCAGGGCUGCAGCAGACUGAGCCGUGGGGCAGCCGCUGCCCUCAGCCCGGGCACUGCGGGGCUGCAAAAUGACCCACGGACAGGGUUGGAGAAGGCAAACAGGGGCUGGGGUCUGUGGGGGCUGGGAACUGGGGGGGGUGGGGUUCAUUCUGUGGUGCUGCCCUUGUGCGCCCGUGAGACCCUCUGCACGGUGGUGUAAUUUAUGUCGUAACUGUGUAAAUAGGUGUGGGCCCGUGCUGGGCUGCAGGGCCAGCUCCGA